GCAGGAUCGCUUCGGAGUAGACUCGCGGAAGGGCGGGAGCUAGGCUAGUUGAGGCGGCGGGUCGGCUGUUAGUGUGGUUGAGCGCGAGGCAUGGCGGAGGCGGCGCUGCCAAACUCAGGUGUCUUAAAUCCAGAUGCAACUGAUUUUGUUCCAAGGGAAAGGCAAAUUUUCAGUCCAAGUUGGAGCAAUCAGUCCAGGCUGGAAUUUGAUUGUGAUUCAAGCAGAAAUUCUUUACCUCCUCCUGUUCAGCCUAGGCACAGUAAAUGUGAAGAUUCAGUUACAGAUCAUAACACUUUCUACAGUCUAGAAAGCCAGCAAAGAUGUCAGCCAGAUUCUUCACAAUUCAACAGUAUGGGUAAAACUAAAAGCAGUAGCUUACAUAGUCAGCGGUGGCAAAGAUCAAGAAAUGAUCGCACACAUGGGAAAAAUCAAAUAAAGCAAAUAACUGCAGGGAGCACAGAGGAUUCUCCAUGUUUAGACACUAGAUUAAUUGUAGGACGUAGGAUGAAUCAUAGAGAAUACAGCGAUUUCUCUUCAGACAGUGAAAAAGAAGCUGCUACUGCAAAUAACAGAGGAGCAAAGCCCAAGAAGACAUAUUUGAUGCAUUCACGUGGAAGAGGAUUGAAAGAAAAAGAGAAACAUCCACCUGAGAGGGAAAAAAGAAUAUCAACUAAGUGGAAAGAAAAGGACUUCGAAAAUAUACCAGCAGUAGAUCUGACCCAAUCAGACUCUUCUGAAGCAUCUCUUGGAAAAGCAGUAUCUGAUGGCUUUUCUGACAAUAGCGUUGCAAGAAGAAAAUACCCUUUUGCAAACAGACAUUUUAGGGAACCUGCAUGGAAUAAAGAGACUGGCAAAAAACAAGAUACAUCCAGAAGUAAAAAUUCAAAACAUGUUAAGAAUGCAUCCCUUCCACAUCCUCCCAGAGAACGCACCAGUGAGAAGAGGAAAGAAUCUGUGCUGCAUGAAAGAGGCCCAAACUUAGUGAGUGUGGUAGAGAGACAGCCGUUCUGUGAAGCAGCUACACGUGAUGGGAGGAAACCGCUUCUUCAAGAAGGAUAUAAAAACAGGCGCUGGAAAAAGCAAAACGAUGCACCAAAGAACAAGGAAACUCAUACAGGGUCUCUGAUAGAGCAGCUUACCUCAGAAAAAUAUGAAUGUAUGGUAUGUUGUGAGGUGAUCCGUGUGGUAGCCCCAGUUUGGAGCUGUCAGAAUUGCUAUCAUGUUUUCCACUUAAGCUGCAUUAAGAAGUGGGCAAGAUCUCCAGCAGCACAGACUGAAGAUGGUAACAGUGGCUGGCGAUGCCCUGCAUGUCAAAAUGUUUCAUCUCAAGUUCCUAGUAUUUAUACCUGUUUUUGUGGCCGGGUAAAAAAUCCUGGAUGGAAUAGAAAUGAAAUACCACAUAGUUGUGGAGAACUGUGUAGAAAGAAAAGAUCAGCUCAAGAUUGUCCACAUUUAUGUAAUAUACUUUGUCAUCCAGGACCUUGCCCAUCCUGUCCUGCUUUUAUGACCAAAAAAUGUGAAUGUGGACGCACAAGCCAUUCAGUUCGCUGUGGGUAUUCUACUGCAAUUCAGUGUACUAAUAUAUGUGGGAAUAUUUUGAAUUGUGGUAAACAUAAUUGUACCCAGAUAUGCCAUUCGGGAAAAUGCCAUUCAUGUGAAUUGUCUGUAAAACAAGUCUGUUACUGUGGGAGCACCUCUCGAGAAGUGUUAUGUGGAGCAAGUGAAGAUUGGUUUUCAUGCCUGAGAACUUGUGGGAAAAAAUUAUCCUGUGGAAUGCACAGUUGUGAGCAAGCGUGCCAUCCACAGCCCUGCCAACCCUGUCCACGGCUUCCACAAAUAGUGCACUGUUGCCCUUGUGGACAGACUCCUCUUAGUAAAUUACUAGAGUUGGGGUGCACAGAACGUAAACUCUGCACAGAUCCUAUCCCAUCAUGUGGAAGAACAUGUGGAAAACCUUUACCUUGUAGUAGCUAUGAUGCUGUACAUACAUGUGAAAAUCUCUGCCAUGAAGGCGAAUGUGGGCAGUGUUCUCGCACAUCAAAGAUCUACUGCAGAUGUGCCUUAAAAAUAAAGGAAGUUCCAUGUGCCUCUCUCAAAAAUCAAGUUAAAGUUGCAUUCUUGUGUGACAAAAGAUGCAACAAGAAAUUAUCAUGUGGACGACACAAGUGUAAUGAAACAUGUUGUGUGGAUAAGGAGCACAAGUGCUCUUUGAUUUGUGGCCAUAAACUCAAUUGUGGUAUCCAUAGAUGUGAGGAACCUUGUCACCGUGGCAAUUGUCAGAAGUGUUGGCAGACCAGUUUUGAGGAAUUAACUUGUUAUUGUGGUGGAUCAGUGAUUUAUCCCCCAGUACCUUGUGGCACUCGACCACCAGAAUGUAAAAAUUCAUGUACCAGACCUCAUGAAUGUGAUCAUCCAGUAUAUCAUUCCUGUCAUAGUGAAGAGAAAUGUCCACCAUGUACAUACCUUGUUCAGAAAUGGUGCAUGGGAAGGCAUGAAUUACGGAGCAAUAUUCCUUGUUACCUCACUGAUAUUUCCUGUGGUCUUUCCUGUGAUCGCAUGUUAAAAUGUGGAAUGCACAAAUGUAAAAGGAUCUGUCACAAGGGGGAGUGCCUCAUAGAUGAAGAGUGUAGACAGCCAUGCACUAUUCUUAGACUUCACUGUAAUCAUCCAUGUACGUCUCCAUGCCAUCCAUCUUUACCUUGUCCUACAACUUCUUGCAGUUCAAAGGUUGAACUUCAGUGUGAGUGUGGAAGAAAAAAAGAGUCUAUGAUUUGUUCAGAAGCAGCAAGUACUUAUCAAAGAAUAGCUGCAAUAUCUAUUGCCUCUAAGUUAACAGAUCCACAGCUUGGAGAUUCAGUAGAGAUAAGUAGAUUGAUUACCAAAAAAGAAAUGAAGCAAAGCAGGUUGCAGUGUGAUGAAGAAUGUUUGGCUCUUGAAAGAAACAGACGGUUUGCUGAGGCUCUUCAUAUAGACGACAGUUCUGACCCUUUCAAUGUUCGUGUCUCUGCACCCAAGUACAGUGAUACGUUAAAAGAGGAUGGAAGAAAAGAUUUAAAGUUUGUCAGUGAAGUUGAGAAAGAAAUGAAAGCCCUUAUAGAAGCAGUCAAUAAGAGCAAGCACACAAAGAAGAGUCAUUGUUUCCCACCCAUGAACCGAGAACACCGUCGAAUCAUCCACGAACUUGCUCAGGUUUACGGCAUUGAGAGUGUGAGCUAUGAUAACGAACCAAAGCGCAAUGUUGUUAUCAGUGCGGUGAAAGGGAAAUCAGUUUGCCCAGCAGUUACUCUGACAUCACUACUUACCAAGGAGAAGCAGGCCAGGCCCCCCCCACCUAUUCCUCAUCACAAACAGUCAGAAAAGCAUGGGAAUAGCAGCACAGAGAGACGAUUCAAAGAAGAGACAGUUAUUGACUAUUUUGAUGUACAGGACUGAUCAGAUUUACAUGGAAUUAUGCUGUUGAAAAUUGGAAGUGAAGCUACAAAUGUGUUCAGGAUCAUUUUUGUCAAAAUACAUUCUGUUUUUGUGUAUUUGAAGUUCAUCAUGCAAACAGCAGAAAAAAAGGAAUGGUUCAUCAUUUUUAAGUAUGGCAAGGUAGAAUAUUAAUAACCAUUUGUGGUUGAAUAAUUUUUAAUGGGAUGUGGUCACAAUUGUAUAUGUGCAUCUACAGCCAGCUUCGUAUGUAAAUCUUUGAGCGGUUCAUCAGAGGUAUGUAAGGAGUUCUUGGUACAACAUAGAUUCUUUUUCAUGUUUGUGGGUCACAAGGAGUAGUACAAGGGGUAGUACCGGCAAGCAUGGCUUAUUCUUCCUCUCUUACAGUCAUAAAUAUGUGAGGGAAGAACACCCAAAAAAAACUAGUAUAAAAAUUUCAGCAGAAAGAAACAUACAGUAAUUGUGUGAGUGAGAGUUCAGAUUAUAUUGAUAAAUUCAGAUGAACUGCUAAAAAACUAAGGUUAAAAUCAUACACAACAAGAACUAGUCCAUUAAGAGUUUCAGAUUCAUGCAGUUAGUCACAAUAGAAUUGAUGAGUCAAGAAACUGGCAAUCAUAGUUUGUUUCUUAACUUUGGUUGCCUUUUUCAUUGCUCUUUCUUUUAAAUGCUAGAUACUUUCAGAUGGUGAGUAUAUAGUAUGGAAGGAAUUCUGUGGUUCUUCUAAUGUGACUACAAUACAAUUCCCAGCAGCUCAAGACAGCAUAGUCAGCAGUAAAGGAUGUGCUGGAGAGCCAUAGCUUUUCUACUCCGUAUAUGGUUAGGAGAAUGUUCACUUAGUAAAUUUAUACUUUUUGCAUGAAAAUUUGUUUUCCUUUUUCUUAGUUAAAAGUAGUGUAUAGAAUUAUGUUUGACUGUGGUGAUAACACAGCUAUGUUUAAAUUGGUGAUUCUCAGCACAGAAAGAAAUUAUGGACAUGCAUAAAUGAAUGAAGUGGUGGUGGAAAGUUUUCAACAAUGUUCUGUUCCUGGAGAGCUUUCAAUUUCCUUAAUAUCUUCCUUCUAUUUCAUUUUCCUUGUGCAAGAAAUUUCUGAUGUUAAAAAUGUGUUAUCAGGCCACCACCAUGGUGUGGAAGAAUAUUAUAUGAAGAUAAUUCAGUUGCUUUGAUUUUGUAAAUUGGUAGCCUGUUUCCACAAAAUGUCUGUGACAUCUUACUCAUGUAGGAUAUCCUGAUGUUUUCUGGAUAAUAUUUUUGGUUCAUUAAUACAUUGCAAAUAUAUUAAUUUCUGGUUUAUAUUUCAGUGAGAAAAAUAACAUGAAUACACAUUUUAUGGCUUGAGAAUUGUAACAUGAGAAAUGGUCAUAUCACAAAUUUAGGAAUAUGAUUGAAGGACCAUACACAGAGGAGUUGAGUUAAAUAAUAUGACAUGUAUUUACACUUAUUAUAAUGAAUUCUAGUUACUUGCUCAUAUAUAUUUAGGUAGCCCAUGACAAAAUACAAACUAGCAUUCUUAUAGACAUGUCUUAUCAAAGGAAUGAUAGAACAUCAAUAAUUUGUUAUGUAGAACCCUCUUGGCAAUAUGCCUGAAAGUUAAGCAUUUUUCUGCCUUUUCCAAAUACCCCAGAACACAGUCCAUUCCAUUUUACUACUGAUAUGCUGAAAUUGUGCUGGUACCUCUCCAGUGUAUAAGUUGGUUUCCUGCACUAUAGGGACUGUGCAUACAUGAAAAGUUCUUGUGUCUCCAAAAGGUAUAGACAGAGUAUAUUAAAUUGGUUGAUGAGUUACCACGUUUGCUUGAAUGCUAGGUAUAUGUGAACUUCAAAUAAAACUAAAGAAGAAUGUAGAUCUAUUGGAAUGUAUGUCAAUGUGGAGUCCAAGUGCUCAUCCAAUAAACUACAAUAUAAGCCAAUUGUAUCUUUACAGAGGAAGGAUGUAGAUGCACAUUUCUAUUCAUUGCUUGUUCUAAACAGAAUUUUUAUAUCUGCAUAAACUGAUAAGUACAGGGUACUAACUAAAAGCAAUAUUUGCUUGUGUAUGUGCACUUGUUAAUAAGGAGUCACAUACGCUGAAAAGUUUAUUCAUUUUCAGUACUUUGCACUUUUUAUUUAUGUGACUUGUGGUUUCAGAGUGAUCGAUCCUGCUGUUGCUUGGUGAAAAAGUGCCAUAAAAACAUUAAGGGGUUAAACAGGUAUUUAUUUUUAGUGGUUUGGCUAAACCUUGAUAUUUUCACGAAGAGUUGAUCUCUCAGCUCUUUUUAAAUUAAAAUUUUCAUUUAUUCAUUUCUGAUUUAGUUUUUGCAAUUAUGACUAACUGAGAGGGAGAAGUCUGUUUAGAACAAGUCUUUGUACACUGUUCUUUCCUAAAAUUAUGGACAGUGCAAUUGAGUUUAUAUAUGCAAAUAGUGCAGAUGAAAAUUCAGGAAUGUGGCUUAGUAAUAGGUGUAUAUAUAUAUAUAUAUGUAUUCAGAACUGCUCAGACUAUUCAAUGUUCUGUGUGCUUUGACUUCUGUAUAAUCUAAUGUGAAAAGUACUAUGGAAACCAUUCUUAAUGCCAUUUCACAUGAUACAACUUAUGAUGAAGUAAAAAAAAAUACUGGUAUAUGAUUAAUUUUUAAUACAUUAUUUCAGUCUUUACAUUCACAAAUAUACACAUUCUGCUUGCUUUCAAUUUCAGUGGUGUAAUAAAUGGCUGACUUUAUGAAUCUGAAAUAGAAGUCUGUAAUAAAGUACAAAAUCUCUGAUGG